AUGACCGUCAAGCGAAAGCAAAUAUCUCAAGAAACAUUCGACCAGUGCGUGAGUGAGAAUGUAGACGACUUUGACAUGUCACUAGAGGAAGCAGUGAUUGAUGCAGUCCAUCAAUUUAAUUCACAAGGUGUUGAUUUGUCCAAUAUCAUCAAGAGUGGCGUGAUGCACGCGUCCGAGGGACAGGAAUCGCUGCCGACGCGAUUGAAGCGGCUCAUUUUGGAGCUGCAGGAGCUUUUACUGCUACAAAAGGAUCAACAUCAAGUGUUAAGACUUGUCACUGAGAUGACUAAAGUAUGUGAAGAGAUACCGGAGGCUUGUGUGGUGGCAGGACGGAACAACGCUGUGGACACGCUAUUGGCUCUGCUGGAUGGAUUCUCGACUGCUGUGGUGAUAUGUUGCUGCAAUUUGUUGGUACUGCUGUGUACAGACAAUAUGGACAAUCAAGACUUUGUAGGUGUUACAGGAAUGCAACGACUUGUGUCGGUUCUCACGAGUCAGCGGGAGGAUAUGGACACGGUGGUACAGCUUUUGGCGCUGGUAAAAGCGACUUGUGUCAAGCAUGAGACAAAUAAGACGCACUUUGUUAAGUCCAGUGGUGUUGAAGCGCUCUGUGGGUACUUAGGCAAAGCUAAGAGCAAUAGAGCUCUGUCAAAGCAUCUUGCACUUUGCUUUCGUGUGCUGACUAUCAACGACGAUCCGCGCGCGACGUUUUCGCAAGCACAAGAUACGAUCAAAGCCCUUGUUGAACGUGACGUGAUAUCGUAUAGCUUAGAUGUCUUACGCCAAGUUGGAUGCAGGGAUACAGCAGAACAGGUAGUCGACGUGUCUUUGGAUCUGCUGGUCAACUGGCUUGCUGUACUCAAGCAACUUGCCGUGACGGAAGAGAACUGCAAGCGAAUCGCUGAGUUGGAGGGUUUGACUACGGCACAACAUCUCAUGCAGAAGUAUGAACACAGCGCACAAGUUACGAAACGAUGUGUAGCAGUUUUUCGAAAUGUGGCGGCGGUAGACGAUCUAAAGCGUGCACUUCUACAAUCUGGAGGUAUCGAGCAGACAUUGCUGAUCAUGAGGCGUCACAAAGCCAAUGCAUCUAUUCAACAAAAUGCAUGCGCUACGCUGGCUGCAAUUGCGCUUCGCUCACCCGAGAACAGUCGUGCAUUAGUCGAGCUUGGAGCUAUUCGACAUAUCUCGCAAGCUAUGCAGGCUCAUCAUAGUGAUGUAUCCGUAUUGCGUCAAGCCAGUCUGGCCGUGCGUAACAUGGUGGCCCGUAACGUGGAGCUGCGUGCAUGCUUUUUACACGAUGAGUUAGAAAUCGAGGCAUUGCUUUGUAAAGCACAACAGUAUCGUGGCUGCGGCGACGAAGCCUAUGCAGCGCUGCGUGAUCUAGGCUGCAAUAUUCAGCUGUCCUCUUUUGGGACGGUUGCCGUGACUACCGCUGCAUCGAACUCUGUCAAGACAUCCACGAACAAACUGUGCUUUAACCCGGUGCAACUUCAAUCGAACCAGUUGCUUGAUUGUGUAGAGGAAGCUGCAGAGGCCCCGUUUGCCCAGCAGUAA